AUGAUCGACGUUUGCCUCAGUGCCGACCGCGUCGUGCGGCACAUGCAAGCCUGGCGUCUGCUGACAUCUUCGCUGUUCCACACCGGUGGCAUCCACCUUUUAUUCAACAUGGUUGCCCUGCUGCAAGUGGGCGUUCCCCUCGAGAGGCUCCUGGGCAGCGUGCAGCUCUCUUGGCUGGUGGCCACGCUGAGUGUGCUGAGCAACUGCCUGUAUGUGGGCCUCGCCCUCGCCGCGGGCCUGCCGCCUUUAGGUUGGUCGCAGCCGUCCUUUCAGUGCGUUCUGGGUUUCUCGGGCGUGCUGUUUGGUCUCAUCGUGGUCCACGCAGAGGUUGCGCACAUUGCCUCCUACAGCCUGUUUGGGGCAGUCACGAUCCCUGCCCGCGCCUACCCCUGGCUGCUCCUGGCGGCCUGCCAGCUCAUGGUGCCCCACGUCUCCUUCCUGGGGCACCUGUCCGGCCUGUUGGUGGGCCAGGCGCUGGCGCUGGGCCUGCUGCGCCUCGCCAUGCCCUCUCCUGCCACGGUGGCGACGCUGGAGUCCUGGAGCGUCGUGCAGCGCUGGGGCCUCCCGUCCAGCGACCCCGGAGCAACGCUGCGAGCGAUGCCGGACGCUGGCGUGGCGGGGGCCCACCUGCUGCCCAUCUCCACGGCGUCGCAUGGCGGGGGCCUGCUGGAGGGCCUCUGGCAGCCCUACCCCCCGGCCCUGCGACAGUCACGGGGAUGA